GAAAGUGGUAACAUUUUUUUCACGGCACGGACUAGCGGGUAAGCCAGGGAUUUUCGCGCACACGUUACAUAUUGUCGUGGAUUUUUUGUGUCGUUAUUUAUCAGCUAUUAACAGGCUUUUUUGCAUGACACAUCAAUUUCUGUAUUGCUAGUGCUUGUAACAUAGUUUUUAUUCCAAUUUAUUGGCAGUUUGACGUAUUUCUUGCUCACCACGUAAGUAAAUCUGAAGUUAGCUUAAUAUAGUUAUUUGUAACAAUACAAACUCAAGCAAGUAAAGUUCACCAUGUUUCUAGUCAAAAAAUACAUCACAGAUUGAGUUUUCAUGAAAAUGAACCGUAAAAUCUUUUACAUAUGGUUCACCUCCUUGAUUGCGGUGACGGUGAACAUGGAUGUCGGUAGUUGUUUAUAAAAUGUAAGUAGAAGCAAUCAAGCGUUAACCUAAUUGUGAAUAUUAUAUAACUUGCUUGUAUUUAGCCAUAAAAAGUUAUAUCCAUUAGAGGUACCAUUGUUUUGUACUGAAGUGACAUAAUUAUGUAACGUAUAAAAAAUAUAGGAGUAACAAUUGACGUUUAUAGUAUGGGUCAUCUGAGAAAACAUAGAUUUAUCCCAUCAUACUUUAUGGAAAUCCUUUAGCGCAUUAUCUAAUUCAAUCCAGCUUCCGAAUCUCUUAUUCAGCAUAAUACGUUGGAACGCGUCGCUUACGUUCACUGAAAUUUCACUUGAGCAUGAAGCACUAGAUACAACAUACAAUAGCUAUUAAAAAAAGGUUAUUCCUUGAAAAAAAUUAACUGAAGGAAGAACAACAAAUAUUUAGGACUUCCCCUUCAGUUGACAUUUCGUCUUAACUCACAAAAACUAUGCGCAUCUAUAACCUUUUACGUUAUUUUAUCUUUCUUACGUUGUUUUCUGGACCUUAUCAACAAAUUAUAUAUAGCUGUUGACUUUCACUACAGCACUUAGGACCACAGAUCAAGUUUCGAAGGAACAACAGAGCUAAAGUGUGCACUACAAAACAGAAAAUACUCAGUUAAUGCUCUUAGCAGUUAUUUAGUGUUUAUUAUGCAUCAAAAGAUGACUUAUAUAUGGAAACAUUUAUUACUCAUAGGACCCAACACACACACGGCAAUUGAAAUACGGAAUGCCCGCUUCCAGUCAACGCGUUCAAGGUCGUUGAAACGAAACGGCUGACAGAUUUGAAAGGGAUUGCCGUUUAUACCUUGCCUUUUUCACGUGGUUUAGGAAUUCUUCGACUUGCUCUUUUGUAGGGUGUAUUAUACUGUGAUUAUCAUCCUGUCCUGUACAUCGGGAACAUCUCACCUCGGAAUAUAAGAAAAAACUUAUUUUUAUUCGACGGACAAUUACCAGUUCGUAUUGUACCUAUUGCGGACUUAAGUCGUAAAUAAGUCUGCAAUUUAUUAUAUACUCACAGUCUCUAAUCCUAGUAUUAACCAGGUUAAUACUUAAUAACAACUAAUACUCAGAUAUUAUAUUUAAUUUAACGAGCACUGUGCUCACUUAUAUUCAUAUCAUGUCCAAUAACUCCAGUAAAAGAGGAAUUUCACCAACUUCUAAGCCAAAUAAAAGGUCCAAAUAUGUAACCCCUACAACUGACGACUCAGUGCUUGACAAUGUCGAACCUUUAACUACUGAAAAAUAUGUGCAUUGUACACAAAUGUCCCUAUCGUCACCUGAUUCUCCAUGUCGCAGCCCCUCUAUCUUUACGUGCAGUAUGUCAACGGUAAGACUGGUUGACAUACAAGACACUAUACCUACGUGCAUUGAAAAGUCAGCACAGUCUACUAAACAGUAUGUGCUACCAAGGCCUAAGUCUAGAAUUUCAAAAACUAAAGAGUCCAAUGGUCCACCUCAUAUGCACCAAAAUACUGAUAGAUAUAGUAAUGACAUCCGACAGCUACAAAACUCUCUAUCCGAAAUUAACGGCAAACUUGAGCAAUUAGCACCCCUCACUCAUAUAUGGGGCCUUAAUACAGACAGAAAUCUUGAGCAACUCACUAAAGCUGAGUGUAUUUUGGAGUUUGUGGCUGAAGAAGUGACGAAGAGAGUAAUGUCCUCCUUCAAUGCAGUUGUGUAUAACCUCCCCGACCGCACACACCCAUCUAAGUUAAGAGAUAUUUGCCUUAGAGCAUGCGGUAUGCCGAACGUUAACUGCAAAGUCAUCCGCCUUAGAAAAAAGUCAGACAGAUCAACUUCCCCCCUCUUGUUUAUGUUUGGCUGUUGUAACGAUGCUAAGCAGUUUAUUGAUUUGAGCAAAAACAUUAGCUCACUAAUUCCAUACAAAAAUAUAAAAGUCACUCCAGACCUCACGCCCUGUCAACGUCGUGUAAGAAGACGCGAAGCGAUAGAAUUGAAUGGGAGUGUUACAGUUAAUAAUCAGCCACAGACAGUUUGCAACACAGCAAAUAGUUUAAAACACACGAACAUUAAGCAUGACACCACUCCACAUACGGCUGACCACUCUGUUGAUCUAGAUGAGUCUACAGAUCAGAAACCUUUGGAUAAGAUUCGGACCCCAACUGACACCAAAAACCAUAACGACAUGACUGAUCCCAGCUGUUCAUUCAGUAAUGUACUAAAAUGUGAGUCGUGUAACAACACAUGUGCAACUAAACCUAUACACUUGAAAAUUUGUCCUCCUAAAGACAUUCCACAAGUAGACUUGAAUGAACGUAAGUUCAUCUCACAAAGACAACGAAAGAAUCCUUCUCUGAAAAUAAAGGGUGGGAAGACAAAACUCAUGAUACCGAAUAGGGAAACACGUAAGAUUGAACCCAACUGCUCUAUAGGUAUCCCAAGAACAGUGAACAGGUUCUCCCCGAUGCUAUCGUAUAACUUGCCUUCAACACCUCCAAGUUGCAAAAAGGGUGGUGGGCUUCAACGUAGCAAGCCCUCUUACACGCAGACUAACGAAAACUACCAGAGAACUGGCCACCCAAAUCACCCCCUGAAGCCUAAAACCAUAAAUAAGAACGGUAAUAAUAGGUUUCUCACUCCACACCCUACCUACAUUCCCCAGGAUCGCAACUGUAAUUACUCUCAAAAAGAAAACUUCUCAUACCCUUUAGUACCGACCCAUCACAUAACAACGGCUCCCAUGUAUAACAACAGUCGCAACUCCUCCCAGUUACGCGUAGCAGACCCCUCUCGCGCUAACGUAAAUAGCCAUAACAGGGGCUACGAGUCUAACCAUCAAGACUAUUUUGUAAAUAACCAUACACUUCACAGUAGGCCUGUACAAAAUUUUUUUGGAAUAAGACCCCUAGUGACACCUCUGUUGAAGCAUAUAGCCCAGGUUAUUUCAAACCACAUGCAAACCAUAAAUUUGUUUCCUCCGUACAGUUUCCAUCACAGAGUACUUCCACCCUUUCCUCCUGGGUAAACUCCCCAAUCAACUUCACCAGCUCAUUUGAUACAUCUCCUAAUAAGUUUAACUAUCAAAAUACCGAGCUAAUGAAGAACAUCCAAUCCCUCACAUCAAACUCAUCUUACACUCGCGAGGGUUACGACGACUUUAUCCGAAAUACCCUCACCCAUUUUAACUUAGUAGCCCACUUGCUUAAUAUAUGUCUUAUCAACGCUCGAUCGAUCUGCAACAAAAAGACGGAUUUAGCCCUGUUUGUAUCCAUAUAUCAACCAUCAGUUAUUAUGAUAUCUGAAGCAUGGACUAACAGUAAUAUUUCCGACCGAAGCAUAUCUCUAGAUAACUAUUCCCUAUAUAGAAGCGAUAGAUUGAAUGGACGAGGCGGAGGAUGCCUUAUUUACGCUCACUCUAGCCUGAACUCACUGCUAUGUGAUAUGCCUGAACUAAACAAACUGAAGGAUUCGGUGUGGAUUGUAUUAAAGCCGUCGAAUUCCGUUACCUUACUGCUCGGCUGUGUUUAUCGUCAACCUAACGCAUCAAUAGAUGAAAUAGCAGUAUUAUCGGAGGUAUUCACGCUAGCAUCAUCCCUCUCAUUCACAGGCGAGCUCAUUUGUGGUGACUUCAAUAUGCCCGAAAUUUCUUGGCUGCCAGUCAAAGCGCCGAGACGUUAUGAAUCAUUUAUUGAAUGUCUAGAGCUUGGACAAUGGACUCAGUAUGUCGAUAGCCCUACCAGACAUCAAAACAUCUUAGACUUAGUCUUUACCAGUGGCCUCAUCCCCAAUACUUUGUAUAUUGGAAAAAAGUUCCCAGGUAGUGAUCAUAACAUUGUCAUAUGCAGCCUUAAUGUAAAAACCACAACCGAUAGAAGUAAAACCGUAACACUUCGUAGAAACUAUCGCAAGGUUGAUUGGAAUAACUUCCACAAUUACCUAAGAAGCACUGAUUGGAGAACUUUGUUUACCUCAAACAAUACCGACACAUUAACCAAUAUAUUUUAUCACAACAUCAAAAGUAUCAUCAACAAUAUCGCACCUUUAGAAUACUGUAAACCUACGUUCUCCAAAGAUCUCUAUAUACCGGUCAGUACAAGAAGACGUCUUCAAAGACAUUGUACUCGAUUCCACAACUUAAAUGACUUUUCCUCUUUAGUAACGAUGACAGAAAUACUUGUCCGAACAGAGGCAAUAAGUAAACAAAAAGCAGUAGCACAGGAAAAACGUGCAGUUGAACUUAAUAAUAACUCCUCUGCACUCACCAUACUACUCCAAAAUAAACUUAAACGCUCUAAAUCGAGAGGGAGUAUAUUCAUUAAAGGCAAACAAGUAUACGAAGAUCCCAAACUUAUCACAGAAUUAUUCAGUGAACAUUUUUGUUUCUCACUAACUAACGAAAAACCAUUUAAUGAUUCAGAACCAAUCCCAGUAACUCCCUGUGAAAUUACUAAUGUAGAAUUCAGUGUACAAAAUAUCUCCAAAGCAAUCAGUACAUUGAAACACUCCUACACUGAUGGACCAGAUGGUAUUCCAUCUAGCAUGCUAAAACGCGGAGGUGAUGAUAUGUGUGUUUUGCUUCUCAAACUAUUCGCGAUAUCACUCUCUUCAGCGUGUUACCCUACUGCCUGGAAAACUACACAUAUCAUUCCCAAAAUUAAAACAGGACCUGAAGCAAACGUUGAAAAUUACCGGCCUAUAAACAUAACUUCAGUGGUAUCCAGAGUGAUGGAAAAAGUAGUUAAGGCGGCUGUAGUCCAACAUCUAUUAACUAACAAUCUCUUGUCGACCUCCCAGCAUGGAUUUCUUAGGUCCAGAUCAUGCGAUACAUGCCUAGUAGACUACCUGAAUGAUAUAACUCUGAAACGAGACAGCGAACUCCUUGUAUCAGUCCUAUUCCUAGACUUUAAGAAAGCCUUUGAUAAGGUCCCACACAAAAGGAUACUCGUCAAACUAAAGUCCUUCGGAAUACACAACCCACUGUACUCAUGGUUUGCUUCGUUCUUAACAGAACGUAAACAGAUGGUAAAGUACAAUGACUGUCUCUCGUCCCCUAGACCAAUCACCAGUGGAGUCAUCCAGGGAAGCGUAUUAGGGCCACUUUUCUUUCUUAUGUAUAUAAACGAUAUAUGUAACACCAUAGAAUUUGGGAAACCGUACUUAUAUGCUGAUGAUCUCAAAAUAGUAUACAGCUAUAAACCUGAGACACUAAGCGAAAGUGUAUCCCAGAUCCAACAGGACCUCAAUAACUUAACUAUAUGGAGUGAAAAAUGGCAAUUACCAUUUAACCUCAACAAGUGCGGGAUCAUGCACUUUGGAAAGCAUCCCUAUAAACCGCAACUUCACUUAAGUGAAUGUAUAGUCCAAACACUCGAAUCAGUACACGAUUUAGGAAUUAAUUACACAGGAAGCCUAAACUUUGAAGAACAUGCCUCCUCUAUUAUUUCUAAAUCUAGACGGCUAAUUGGUUUUAUAAUGAAAAACUUUUUCACAACAGAGGGUAAACUUACUCUCUACAAAAUAUGUGUACGACCCACCCUUGAAUACUGCUCUUUUGUCUUCUCUAAUAUGAAUAUCGCAGACAAGAUAAGAGUAGAAGAUGUUCAAAGACGUUUCACACGUCAACUACUAGGAUGUAACUCGAAUCUCGAUUACACAGACAGAUGUAAGCAUCUAUCUUUAGAACCUUUAUGGCACCGUAGGCUAAAACACAAUUUAAUAUUUCUCUACAAAGCGAUAUAUGGGCUCUCAUUUCUAACCUCCUGCCCGACUAUCACCCACGACCCAGCCUAUAGACUUAGAAACAACGCAUAUACACUACACACCGUAAAACACCAAAAACAAAUGCGUUGUAAGUUCUUUACAGUACGGUACAGUUUAUUGUGGAACAGGCUGCCAAUGCCUAUCCGUAACUGUGAUACGUUUACCAGAUUCAAAAAGCUAAUAACCCUAUUUCUAGACUCCAAAGAGCUUCAACAUUAUCUUGAACUCCCGCCCACCGAUGAGGCACUUUAUUACGGACCACCUAGUAUCUAGAAAGAACAAAAUUAUAACAAGUUCGACUGUUACUAAUCUGAAUAUAACCAAAUCACAGGAUAUAUGGAUUAUCCUUUCCUAUUAUUCAUUGUUUAUUAAUCAUGAUUUCAUGCUCCUAACCCUAGCUUUCAGUCCCCAAAUCUCUACAGGUUAAAUGUACAUUAUUCUUCCUAAAAGUCAUGCUUUUUUUUCUACUGCAAGUAGACAGAUAGCUCAAUCUUAUGGAUGCUGAUCUACUAAGGCCGAUCAUUCAAAGCUCAAAAUUUGGCCACAAAGUCUUGUGAGUUUCUCAAUGUUUUAUUUUUCUCACCCUAAAAUCUUUUUCUUUUUUUUCUACAAUUUUAUACCCUCUCAUAUCUUUUGAUUUACUAUUAAUCCUUACUUCUUUAAACCAUUAGUUAUUUUCAUAGCAGUGUGAUAUACUAUAUGGACAUCUAACCCAUAAAACAGAAUUUUUAAAUAUCUGAUUUGCUUGUAACAUGGACCUAGUAGAGACAGUGUAUUCCAACUAUGUGCUUUGAUUAAAGCAUUAAUCAUACUUACCACAAACGUAAGAGAGUCUAACAUCACAAAAGGAGGGAGGGUGGCGUUACUGACCAGCAAACAUGAAGGUGGGGAGAUAACUUCAAUCCACCCAUGUCUGUAGGGCAGAACAUUUUGUUUAAUUACGGCUCCUUAUGGUUUAGUGGGAUGUCACGAACUUAUGGUAUUGAAGCUGAUUUAUCACGCAAAAUACCUCUUUAAAUCGUGUUACGAACGUUGAAUUGGUUUCACUUCCUACUCAGAAAUCUUAUUACAAGCAAACUAGACAAUUCGCUAAUAUACGAAGCCUACUCAAGACCCUAUAAUACCUGG